UAUAAGCUACGCGAGCCAAAUCCCAAAGUAUCUCCAAAUUGGCAAAUUCACAGUAAGAGAGAGAGAGAGAGAGAGAGCUAGGGAGAGGGCGGGGGCAAUGGGAGAUUCUAGAGAUUCCGUCUCCCUAGAUAUGGAGACAAUUUCUCUAGGCGGUCAGGAGCACCUCGUGGAAACGGUUUUUGGAUCUGUGUAUGUUGCAGUGUUUGGGGACCCGGACAAGCCAGCCCUUGUUACUUACCCUGAUUUAGCUCUAAGCUAUAUGUCAUGCUUUCAAGGGUUAUUUUUUUUCCCAGAAGCAUCAGCUUUGCUUCUCCAUAAUUUCUGUAUUUAUCAUAUCAGUCAUCCUGGGCAUGAGUUGGGAGCUGCUGCAAUUAGGCCCAGCUCUGUGCUUUCUGUUGAUGACCUAGCAGAUCAGAUUGCUGAGGUUCUAGAUUUUUUUGGACUUGAUGCCGUUAUGUGUAUGGGGGUAACAGCUGGUGCUUACAUACUUACCCUUUUUGCUAUGAAGUAUAAGCAACGUAUUCUUGGGUUGAUCCUUGUUUCACCUCUAUGUAAAGCACCCUCUUGGGCAGAAUGGUUGUAUAAUAAGGUGGUUUCAAAUUUACUCUACUUCCAUGGCAUGUGUGGCAUAGUGAAGGAAUUACUGCUUAUGCGAUACUUCAGCAAGGAAGUCCGUGGCAAUGCCCAAGUAACAGAGUCAGAAAUAGUUCAAGCUUGCAGAAGAUUGCUUGAUGAGAGACGGAGUUCAAAUGUUUUGCAGUUUGUUGAAGCAAUUAAUGGGAGACCGGACAUAACUGAAGGAUUGAAGAAACUGCAAUGUCGUUCACUAUUAUUUGUUGGGGAGAAUUCCCCUUUCCACUCUGAGGCUCUCUGCAUGGCUUCUAAACUAAAUAGGAGACACUGUGCCUUAGUUGAGGUGCAGGCGUGCGGGUCGUUGGUGACUGAGGAGCAGCCCCAUGCCAUGUUGAUACCCUUGGAAUACUUCCUAAUGGGAUAUGGCUUUUCCAGACCAUCCCAGACAAGUGUUAGCCCAAGAAGCCCUUUGAGUCCCUCGUGUAUCUCCCCGGAACUUCUUUCACCAGAGAGCAUGGGUUUGAAGCUAAAGCCAAUUAAAACAAGAAUUUCUCUCGAAGUUUGAUCAAAGAAAAUAUGAAAUAGAGUUGGUUGAAUAUCUUUUCUGUAAUUUUAAUUGUUCUAGGGCAGGAAUUUGAAGACAACAGAGUAGAUUACUCUGGAUGUAGAUAAAGAGAGGUGAGAACAUAAGAGAGGGAUUUUUACAAAGAAAUAAGAGAAAGAUAUUCUUUCACCAUUUGUAAUCAUAAAUGUGGGGAGGUGUGAGAUAUUUGUAGAUCUACAGAAUAAUUUUAUUUGUAAAUCAUGUGGAAGCAAAUUAUUAUAAUAAAGAGUACGCUGUGUAGUUUUUUA